GGUGUGACAGUUGGCCGCCUCUAUAUAAGCUGGCGAAUUGUUCGGGAAGAUUAUUACCCAAUCACAAUGGUGAACUUUUUGUGGGUUUUUUUUGCCAUCGUCGUCCCUUAUUUUGGAUGAUCGACGAAGUUCCCGGUAGGACACCCUGUAUAGGGGAGAUCUAUCCUUUUCCAUUUCUUGUUUCCGGUAGCAGUUCUGCAUUCUUUGAAGUCAGCCAGGAAACGGAGCCUGCUUACAUAUCAGAAUCAAUAUUUUACGAUGCCAAAACAGAACAUAUUACCUACGCGGACAUACUAAACAGCAUCGUCUACCGAAAAGAUGUCAGGGAACAGAAAUCCUACUCAUUAAAAAUCCCUGAAAAGUCCAUCGGUGCUGUAAUCCCCAUCGAAGGCAAAGAAAACGAAUACGUGGUAGCUGCGCACCAAAGUCUCUACCGACUCUAUUGGGACUCUAAGGGCGAUAAGUUCAACCUGACGAAGCUGCGACUUAAAGGGGAGACCACGAUACCAGGACAGUUCAAUGACGGCAAGGCCGAUGCCAAGGGAAGACUUUGGAUAGGUACGCGUAAAUUAAAAAGCAGCUACUUGUUCGACUUCGUCCAAAACGCGGCCGUACUGUACUCGAUCACUUUGAACGACGACAAUUCCGCCACGUUGGUGAAGAAAUUGUCUGGGUUGACGUUCCCCAACGGCAUAGCGUGGUCCGCUAAUAACAAGUUCAUGUGGCAUGUCGAGGCGACCACCAAGCAAGUGAAGCGAUACCCGUUCGACCUGGAAAAGGGUGAACUUGGCCAAGGUAAAGUGGUUUUCGACUUGAACCAACAUAAAAAGUUCAAGGGGUUCCCCGACGGCUUGGUAAGCUACCAAGACGACACCAUCUGCAUUGCGCUGUACAACGGAAGUGCGAUACUCCACAUUGAACCGGAGUCUGGAAAGAUACUUCAAGAAUUACCACUGCCGCUCGCUCAGCCUACAGGUCUGUAUCCCGGUGGUCCAGACAAUAACAUUGUCUACGCAGGGACUUCCCGAUAUGAGAUAACAGAGGAAUACUUCAGGCUCAACCCUUUCGAAUAUGGAUCGGUGCUCUCUGUUAGCGGAUUCUCCAUAUCGCUCCUGCCGGCGUUCAAAGUGAAACUCUGAUAUAAAUAAAACCGACUUAUUGUUAAGAAGACGAGGAUUGUAAUGAAACCAAAUAUUAGAAA